AUGGCUCAUCCCAUCCACCAAGCUAACAAGAACAGCCCUUACGGAGACCUCACCAGGGAACAAUUUUACGAGAAGCACCGGAUCUUUCACCAGCAGAGUCACAUGUUGAACAAGCAAAAUAUGAAGAUAUGGACCCAAUCAUGGUGCCCUUAUCCGAUUACAUCGCCUCAGCUACGGGGGAUUGUAGCUAUGAUCCAUGGCUAUGCAUCAGAAAGUAGCUGGCUCCUUGAGUUAACUGCAGUAGGCAUAGCCAAAACAGGGUUCAUGGUAUGUGCACUUGACCUCCAAGGCCAUGGUUAUUCUGAUGGCUGUCCUGGUCAUCUCCCCGAUAUUCAUAUCCUUGCAGAUGACUGCAUUCAAUUCUUUGAUUCUGUAAAAAAUAGCAACCCGAAACUCCCAGCUUUCAUAUACGGCGAGUCAAUAGGCGGUGCAAUAGCCAUACUUGUCUGCCUAAAACAGAGAAGUGCAUGGAAAGGACUGAUUCUAAAUGGAGCCAUGUGUGGUCUUUCCAAGAUUGUUAAACCGAUAUGGCCACUAGAAAAACUACUUCCUUUAGUGGCUUCUAUCGCGCCUAACUGGGAAAUUGGGAUGUCUCCAGGAAAUUAUAAGUCGUACAAGGAAGUGUGGAAGAGAAGGCUGGUGAGCAAGAGUCCUAGCCGCAAUCGCAUGAUCUCUGGCAGUGGCAGGUCAACAGCAGCAUCAACUCUGCAAUGUUUUAGAGCUUGGAGGAUUAUUGAGAGGGAGGGUCAUGAACUUAAACUUCCUAUGCUAAUAGUUCAUGGGGGACAUGAUGAAGUAUGCGACCCUGUUUUUGCUGUACAUGUUUACAAAUCUGCAUCUAGCACGGACAAGAGUUUAAAGAUUUUUGAGGGCAUGUGGCAUAUGCUGAUCGGUGAACCGAAUGAAAGUGUGGAGCGUGUUUUUCAGACUAUAGUUUCUUGGAUUGCAGAGAGAGCAGACAAAGCCAACGUUGAUUCUCCUGCAGAUUUUAUAGGAAAAACAAGGUCUAAUCUAUGA